AUGAGUGAACCUGAAUUGGUUUAUUAUUUUGAAACUGACGAUUUUAAAAAUGUACCAGAGUAUGAGGUAGUGUUUUUGCCUUCUAUAAUUUCACAUAAUGAAGCAAUUGGUGAGUAUGAAGUAAUAAAUGGGAAUGAAGAAAUACCCUAUAGUUUUAAUGCAUUUAAAAGGACCAUAGACUUAAAGUUAAGAAAAAAUCUAAACCUUAUAUCACCAAGUUUCACAACUUACAUGCAUUAUGGUAAUGAUCAAGAAUUAUAUCCAGAAAAACCAAAUAUUUGUCAUUAUAUACACAAUAACGAUGGAUUUGUGGCUUCUGUAAGCUUAUGUGAACCAAAAACUAUGGAAGGUUUAAUAUUUUUGAACAACACAACCUUAGAAGUUAGACCUCUAAAUGAUAGACUUCAAAGUGUAAUAAAGACAAGAGAAGCCCUAACAAAUGAUUAUUAUGAAAACUUAGAAGAAAAAAAUCCUCACAUCAUCAAAAGGGCAACUUUUAAAUCUGAACAUCUAAUAAAUGAUAUAUUCCCAAUUACAAAUAUCCACCACAAAAACAUGAUUAAAAAACGCGAUUUUUUCCACUUGGACAGAGAAGCAUCCCGGGGUAAACCUGUUGGGGCCCUGCAAUUAGAAUUAGCCCUAUUUUUUGAUGAAGCAGCCUACAAAAUAUUCGCCCCGUAUGUGAAUCGCGACGAUAAAAAAAUACUGGACUUGCUUUUAGCGUAUGUUAACGGUGUACAAGCUUUGUACCAUCAUCCUAGUCUUGGUACUAACCUAGAGUUGGUAUUGGUUAGGUUGGAUAUCAUGAAAAAACAGCCCCCUAAGUUGCCCCACUAUAAUGGAGAAAGAGGGAGACUGUUAGAUUCUUUUUGCUCCUAUCAGGCGAGUUUAAAUCCCAAAGGGGAUGGAAAUCCCAAGCAUUGGGAUAUGGGACUAUAUGUUUCAGGUUUGGACUUCUACCAUAUAGAAAAUGGCAAAAAGAGUGGCGUAACAAUGGGGCUAGCUACAGUGGGCGGAGUCUGCUUGGAUAAGUACGCAUGCCUAAUAGCAGAAUUGGGUACCACAAAUGUUUUUAAGAAACCUUAUCCAAGCGCUGGGUUUACUAGCGUUUAUAUUUUGGCUCACGAAAUAGGUCACAACUUGGGUAUGCAUCACGACAGUACAGGCAACAAUUGUCUCAAAGAUGGCUUUAUAAUGUCCCCAAGCAGGGGUACAAACGGUGAAACAACAUGGUCAUCAUGCAGUGCCAACGUAAUGUCAAACUUAAACUGGGCCGAUUGUUUAACCGACUGGGGUUCAGGCCCUAAACUUUUGGAUCACAGUAAAUUUUCAGACACACCCGGUAGAUUUUACACUGCCAAAAGACAGUGCGAGAUUUUGUUAAGAGAUAGAGACGCCAUAAUGUCCCCUAACCAACAGUUAAAUACUAUUUGUUAUAAUUUACAGUGUAAAACGCCGAAUAGGAGCGGGUAUUACUUUGCUGGACCGGCGCUAGAUGGCACUCAGUGUGGACUAAAACAAUAUUGUUAUGGGGGUGAUUGUGUUACUAAACAACCUAAACCUGUUAAAAUAGUACCAGGGGGGUGGAGCGCGUGGAAACCUGCUACCUGCUCUUCAGGUUGCGUAGAAAAAUCUUUAGGUUAUCAGAUGAAAAAAAGGUUUUGUAACAACCCGACUCCUGUUAAUACAGAUGAAGGUUGUGAAGGGAGUAGUAUUGAAUUUGGCCUUUGUUAUGAUGGCAAUCUGUGUACUUCUAAAGAAUCCGUAAUAGAGUACGCAUCAAAGAAAUGUAAAGAAUUUUCCAAUUUAGUGUUAGAUCUUGACCAAACGGGGGCUGGCCUACAAGCACCUCAUGAAGAAGCACGUGUUUGGAUGGGUUGCGCAAUUUUCUGUAAAAGAGCAGAUUCAAAAAGUUACUAUACACCAAGAAUAGAACUAAAUGACUUAGGGGUUUCCCCUUAUUUCCCUGACGGAACUUGGUGUCAUAAAUCCAAUAAUAUAAAUUAUUAUUGCUUACAUCAUCACUGUUUACCAGAGCAUUUUCAAUUCACGAAAUUCUCUUCCAUUCUCAAAGGUAUAGGAGAAGACAUACCAUUUUCCCAGAACGCACAUCCACAAGGCCCCAUAAUACCAGAAAUAGUAAAAUCGUACCAUUCAUUGAAUCCAGACGGCCUUCCAGUACAAAAAACAUUCACCUCUAACGAAUUAAAACAACUCACCGAAGACGCAUGGGAAACAAACGAUUACAUCGAAGUUCCGGAGCUGAAAGAACGAUACAGGCUACGAAACGCACUUUAA